AUGAUCCAGUCUUGGACCAAUUACCAACUGAAUAGGGUGAACUAUGUUAUAGUUAAAAAUUUGUUAAUAUAUUUCUCUUCUUCACAGUCUGCUAAACGUAAGUUUCUGAAAAAAAUAAGUUUACAAACAAGGGCGCAGACUAUCUACGACUGUUCGAGGAAGCAGGGGCACAUUUCAGUUCCGAAUGGGCAGCAGUGGAAGAAACAGAAUCAAUGUUAUACCAUCAGUACUAAUGCGCACGAGCGCAAUUACAGGAUGAAAUCUUUGGGGGACAGCAAAGUGCAAAUAACCAGGUCCAGGAAUUACAAAACCGAAUGGCAUAUAUUUACAAGGAAGACAUGA